GGCGGAGGCAGAAGCAGCGGCGGCGGCGGCCAAAGGCAGGCGCCCACCAUGUGAGAGGCCCGCUCGCCGGCCCGCCGGAGCCGCGCCGCCUCCCCGCAGCAGCUCCUCCUCCUAGUGGCCGGGCUACCGGCAGGCAAAGAUGCUCAGCCGGUUGAUGAGCGGCAGCAGCAGGAGCCUGGAGCGCGACUACAGCUGCACCGUCCGCCUCCUGGACGACAGCGAGUACUCCUGCACCAUCCAGAGAGAUGCAAAAGGGCAGUACCUCUUCGACCUCCUUUGCCAUCACCUGAACUUGCUGGAGAAGGACUACUUUGGGAUCCGCUACGUGGACCCCGACAAGCAACGGCACUGGUUGGAAUUCACAAAGUCUGUUGUGAAGCAAAUGCGAUCACAGCCUCCGUUCACCAUGUGCUUCCGGGUGAAGUUCUACCCUACCGACCCUGCGGCCCUGAAAGAGGAAAUCACCAGGUAUCUCGUCUUCUUGCAGAUCAAAAGAGAUCUCUAUCACGGCCGCCUCCUGUGCAAGACAUCAGACGCCGCUCUGUUAGCUGCCUACAUCCUUCAAGCGGAGAUUGGCGACUAUGACCCCGGAAAGCACCCUGAGGGCUACAGCUCCAAGUUCCAGUUCUUUCCCAAGCAUUCAGAAAAGCUGGAAAGGAAGAUUGCAGAGAUCCACAAGAUUGAGCUCAGUGGUCAGACACCAGCUACUUCAGAGUUAAACUUUUUAAGGAAAGCUCAGACCCUGGAGACGUAUGGAGUUGACCCACAUCCGUGUAAGGAUGUGUCUGGGAAUGCUGCUUUUUUGGCCUUCACCCCGUUUGGGUUUGUUGUCCUGCAAGGAAACAAGCGAGUCCACUUCAUCAAAUGGAACGAAGUGACAAAACUGAAAUUCGAAGGCAAGACGUUCUAUUUAUAUGUAAGUCAGAAAGAGGAAAAGAAAAUUGUUCUGACAUAUUUUGCUCCAACUCCUGAAGCCUGCAAGCACCUCUGGAAAUGUGGGAUUGAAAAUCAAGCCUUUUAUAAGUUGGAGAAGUCAAGCCAAGUCCGCACUGUGUCCAGCAGUAACCUAUUUUUCAAAGGGAGUCGGUUCCGAUACAGUGGCCGAGUUGCGAAAGAAGUGAUGGAGUCUAGUGCCAAGAUCAAGAGGGAGCCUCCAGAAAUACACAGGGCAGGGCUGGUUCCUAGCCGUAGCUGUCCUUCCAUCACUCACGGACCACGGCUCAGCAGCGUCCCCAGGACCCGAAGGAGAGCUGUGCACAUCUCUAUCAUGGAAGGGCUCGAGUGUUUGCGGGACAGUGCCCACUCCACCCCGGUACGGUCAGCCUCCCACAGCGAUGCCUUCCUGUCGCAUUCACGGGCCUACCGGGCUGAGAGCACCGAGCGUGUGACCAUCAUUUCGGAUGAGAUCUACAGUCCCUCGGACAGCGUCCUUCCCACGCCGGUAGCUGAGCAGAGCCUUGAGCUGAUGCUGCUCUCCAGGCAGAUCAACGGAGCCCCUUGCAGCAUAGAGGAAGAAAAGGAGUCUGAGGCCAACACGCCCACGGUGGCCGAGGCUGAGGAGCUGGGGAGGGAGCUCCGAGCCUUGUGCCAGGGUGUGGGCAGCGGUGGCGGAGCCCAAGCAGAACAGGUGAAUAAGUUUGUUUUCAGUGUCCUCCGAUUGCUCCUUGUGACUGGUGGGCUCCUCUUUGUUUUGCUCCUCCUCCUGAUCAUCCUUACCGAGUCUGACCUUGACAUUGCCUUUUUCCGUGAUAUUCGCCAGACCCCUGAGUUUGAACAAUUCCAUUAUCAAUACUUUUGUCCCCUCAGGCGAUGGUUUGCCUGCAAAAUCCGCUCCGUGCUCAGCCUACUCAUUGACACCUGAAGGCAGGACUCCUCCUAGUAACUAGCCAGGUGGAUUGCAGAAGAUCCCUGCUACCCAUUCCCAGAAAAAUGGGACACAUCGUGGCACCAUCGGCACAUAAAAUAAGUCCUUUCAUGAAUAAAAGUAAACAGCGGCCUAGGAGAGUUGUUUCCAAGCAGAAGAAAGGGAUAAGACUUUCUCACAUGCGCCAGAUUCAAACAAUGCCCAUUUCUUUACACGUCCUCUACCUGGAAGUGUCUUCAACUGGUUUGCUUUCAACUUUUAAAUUAUUCUGCACUCUUCCAAGUUUAAUUUUAGCUUUCCUAGAGGUGGCCAUUUCAAAAAUUUCAAGUAAAGAGAGUUUAUUUUAUUACUAUCGAUUAUUGCAUUAAGUGCCAGUCUCCAGCUAGGACACCAGUUCAAGAAGGCAGCGUCAUUUUUUGCAGGAGCUUUUGUAAUGGUGCUACUGAGUUGUAACUUUAGUAUUUUAUUUUAUUAAAACUGCCACUGUGUACAGCACUACAACAUAAUCUUGCUAUUUUACCAAUCAAACUUCUGGCUUAAUCUGGAAUUUUGAAGGUGGGGCCAGGGGGGAUUACGGUUCUGACACCAUAUGGUCACCCAAACACACUCAAUUCUUUAUAAGCAAUAGGUAAGGGACGAGACAAGGAGGCAGCAAUGAGGUGUAGAUCUAAUUCUUCCCCCUA